UCCCUGCCGGGCAGAUCGAUCGCUGUUGCCUUUCUCCUUUUUGCCCUUACCCUUGCUGCCACUUCAGGAGUUAUGGCAGUGAUGGUUCCCUGGUAGAGAGAGAGAGGAAGAGCGUGUGUGUGUGCGUGUGUGUGUGUGUGCGUGUGUCCGUGCGGGCGCCCCGGCCCCCUCCCCGCCCCGCCGCAUUGUGGAGGGAGGGACCGCGGCCGCCUCCGCCGCCGUGCGCGGCCGGGCGCUGUCCGUGGUGCUGAGCCCGGCGGGACGGGCGCUGUCCGAGGUGCUGAUCCGGCGGGGCCGGGAGCUGUCCGGGUGCUGAUCCCAGCGGGGGCCGGGAGCUGUCCGAGGUGCUGAGCCGCGCUGCCCGGGCGGCACCAUGGUUUUCGCUCCAGGUGAGAAGCCAGGGACGGAGCAAGAUGAAGUUAAGCUGCAGAUUGCCAGCAAGCAGAUUGUGCAGACUGCUAUCCUCCGAGCAGUGCAACAAGUUUCCCAGGAGAGCCAGCAAAAGGAGAAGCGAACAAACACCAGUACAAGCCUCCAACUAGAAAGAGGAAAACUAACCAAGAAGCAUGAAAAGAAGUAAAGGAGGAGAUUGGGGUUUUUCAGCUCCAGUCUGCAAGUGUUUUCAGCCUUCUCUUUAGUAUCAGCUGUAUUGCUAGUGCAAUGCUACUGCUGUAAAGCAAACCAAAGUAUUACCACACCUAGACAUAGGGUAAAACUGCAAUAGUCCUCAUCUGAGAAAUAUUAAGUGCAUUAGAUGACUGACUCCAUAUUUAUGCAGUGCCUCUUAACAGAAACAAUAACCAUAGCUGUAAAAGUAGUUUCAAGCACAAGCUCUUAUGAUAUGAGCUUAUUCUCAAAAGCUUGUUGCCAGUGCACUUUCAUGCUAAGUUCUGCGUGCAACAUUUACGUCAGUUCAGCUGGACAGACUCCUCUCUGCAUUACUGGGCUCACUGAAGCUGUCUUUGCUGAAGAAAUCAUUUAUUGUCAGGUGUAGCAGAGUGCUUUCAGGCUCUCUUGAAGCACGGGUUUGUACUUUGCUUUGAUUAGACAUGAACUAUGUGAAAUGGCGGUAUAAAAUGGAUUUGGUAAAUUCUGUGAACCAGUUUAUUGUUUCAUCUUGGGGAAAAAAGAAAGCAAUCCAGUAAUACUGCAGUGACUGUGAUCUAUGACUAUGAUCAUAUACCUAUGAUCUAUGUCUUUUUUUAAAGAAGUUAAGUACUGAAAUUUUAGACUACUUAUUGAAAUACUUCUAUACUUCUGCAUAAAAAUCACCUGUGCCUCAACUAUUCCUUUUAAUUUUCUUGAUAUUGAAAGAAAAGGAACAGAUGUGAAGAUAAGGAGUCGGCCAGAAUUUGCUCCAGUUCUGCAACUUUGCUGGGUCUUGAUUUACAGAAAGUGAAGACUGAAGUGUUUUUUUAAAAAAGGGGGUUGAAUAUAUUAAUAUCUUCAAGGAUGAAAAUAUACAGUAUCUGAAUUCUGUCAUGGUAGGUAUUUCUCACCUGCUGGGUGUAAAGUGACUUUAGAUAUUUGCAGUUGUUACAUAUUCAACUUAAAUAACACUGCGUGAAGCUGGUAAUACAGAGCUUAUCCUUUCAACUGCUCUAUAUAGCUGAAGAAAUCCAUGAUGUUUCUGAAAAUACAAUUUAAAUAAAUGUGCCCUUCACUUUUAUUGCUCCCUUUGUGUAAUGAUGAUUGCACUAUUAUACAUAUGAAAUGAAUAACAGUAUAUUUAAUUCUAGAAAUGGCUUGUAGCUCUGCUUCAGAUGAAUUCCUGUAGUAAUACACCUGGAAUUACAAAGAAGAAGAUGUCCUGAAAAACUUUCUUAAUGGCUUUUCUACUCCACUAGAUGAUCCUCAAAGAGACUGUGGGUUAAAUAAUUGGCUAUUACUCUGUCCUAUUGCUUGUGUUAAACGAUUUUGGGAUUCCUUCUCCUGGACAGAGGCUUAGUCAUGAAUAACCACAUAUUGUAAUAUUAAGUCUUUGUAAUCUACUUGGUUUAUUUUUUUUUUCUUUUUUUUUUUUAAUUUAAUAGCACUAACUCAUACAAGAUAGUGAUUUAGCUCAAUCCUCUUUCACUUAAAAAUGCAAAGAAGAAUUCAACGUGAUUGAAAGUGUUCCUAAUUGUCUAGUAAUGAAAACUGACCUGGAUUCCAAGUACACAGGUGGUUCACUUCUGUAGACACUGGAUGAAUUUUUAGUCAAGCAAACUUUGAAAGGUGAAAGUAGUUGGGUCUUGAGGCAUGUAUGCAUUUUUGUAAUAGUAUAUUUUUAACCAUUAGCUUUUUCACCAGUUCACCUUUGUUUGGGAGGUAACUCUUUUCUAAGCGCUCUUUGCAUUUUUCUCUGUGAGACCCUAAGAAAACUGAUCAUGAAUAAAGAUUCAGUUCUGAGGCUGAUGAGCAGACAAGUCUGGUGGAUGAGAGAGAGCAAACUUGUUGGAGAGACUCUGUGGUGCAAAAAGGUGUUUGCCAUGGACUCACCAUGCUGCAGGAAGGAGAGAUAUAGAACAUCUCCACUUCUUUGAAAUUAUUUUACUUUUUAAAUGCUUUUCAUCCCCAGACAUUUGAAAUAUGUUUGGGUUUGGGGUUUUUUGUUUUGGUUGGGUGGGUUUUUUUUGGUGUGUUUUGUUUUGUUUUUUGUUAAUUGAUAAUUAUGUUAAUAACCUUCAUAUAGUUUUGAAACUGUUUCUUUGUAUGCCUUUUUUUAAAGUUUUAAUUAAUCAUUUUGGCAAAAGAAGAAUUUGAAAAACCAGUGAAUCUGGGCUUUUGCCACUGCUUCAUAUGAGCCUAUUCCACUCCUCCUCCCACUGUGCACUUCUACAAUAUGCCUUUACUGUCCCUUUGCUAUUGCCCUAGUCCUAUUAGACACACUAUUUAUUACUCAGAUGUUUAAUAGUCAUGUCCAACAUUGUCAGAAUACCAAUGCCAUCAGAAGUCUAAUAUCUUGAAAAAUCAAAAAUGGCUGGAAGUCUCGGCUUGUUAUAUGCUUAUUAGACAUUCUCAUGAAGUAAUGUGUGCUCAUGAGGUUUGUAGUAAUGGAUGCAUUAUCAGCACAAAAACCCCACAUAUCUUAGAAAUACAAGGCAAUCAAAAAGGUAUCUAUAAGUAUUUAAAACAAACUCACCACUUAUUAGCACUUACAGUGGUAAGUAAAAUAUUGUACAAAUAUGUGAAAUUAUAUUUAUCACAACUCCAGAAGAACAGAGGAAUCAUGUGUGUGUGGCUAUCCUGCACUAUGCUUUCUAUGUUGUCAUUCAGGUUGAUUAUAACAAUUUUAUUAUCAUAUUGCACUCUUUGUAAGAUUAAUAAAGCAACGAUGCCUAAAUGGAGAUUCACAUGGCCACAGCAGGAUGUUGUAACAGAUUACUAAAUGCCACUGUAUAUCAAGUUUUUGGUCCUGUGUGGUUGCACUGGAAAUCUCUGCUCUAAAAUAAAUAAAACCAACGACUGUGACUUGGAAACAGCCAUAUUAAUUUUAUCAUUUCAGAAAAUAAAAAAAACAUUCUGUGAUAAUAUUAUGAGUUGGAAAUUCUUGGAUGUUUAUUCAAUAGCAAGCAAUCACCUAGAAGUGUUACUGACUCUGCUCAAGUCAUAUAUGAUUAUUUUUUAUGUGUCUCAGACUACAGUAUGUCUACAAUGGUAAGAAUAUAAAACUGCUAUGUAACUAUUCUUAAUAUGAGUACCAUGAAAUAUGCUGCAGAUGUUCUUUCAUGUGUGCCUAUGUCAAAUACACAGUUAGUGUGUGAUUACUGUAGGCUUUAAAAAAAUAAUUUAAAUUAAUGGAAAA